GAGCUAGACGGACCCAAACAAACAAUCGGCCCGCAGCACGCUACCACGACUGAUCAAUGACCCAAUAACCCAAGGUCAACUCCGUAGGGAUACCCUGGCUGUGCCUGGUGCCUGCCCGCCGCCGCCGUCCUGCCCACCCGCCCACCUGCACGCACCCAGAUGCCACCUGCCGCUGCCGGCCGCCACUGCUGCCGGCGGCCACGUCCGCGGCGCUGACCACCGCCCGCCUCGCCAUGCCCCGCAUCCUCCUCGCCCAGUUCUCCCGCCGCCGGCUCCACGCUCACCUCUCGCGUCCCCUCGCCAUUCUCUCGAACGCCUUCUCGGCGUCCGCCGCCUCGUCUCGGCCGCGCCCGCCGCCGCUCCCGCCACUCUCUCCGCUGCUCCCAGCGCGCCCCGAGGACGCGCGCCUCGUAGCCGCGUCCUCGUCCGCCAUCGCCGCCGCCUUCCACGACUGGUUCCACGAGUCCCGCAACUCCGCUUCUGCGCCGACACCGCCCAAGGCGCUCGACGCGAUCUACGAGGCGCUCGCGUCCGAUGAGACGGCCCCGCUAGAGGCGCUCCCGCUCUCGGAGACGCUCGUCCUCGCCGUGCUCCGCCACCAUCCGAGGGGGUUCCACAACGACGCCGCCCUGCUGCUGCUCCGCCUCAAGUUCUUCGACUGGUCGGGCCGUCACCGGCGCUACCACCACACGCGGGCCGUCUACCACACCGUCUUCCGCCUCCUUAGAUGCGCGCGCCGCAAUGCCGUCCUUCUCGAUUGGCUCCACCGCUUCUUCGACACCUCCGCGAGAGGCGGCCACCUGCGUUUCCACGACACGCUCAUCAUCGGCUAUGCCAUCGCGGGCGACCCGCAGCGCGGGCUCAACAUCUUCGGCCGCAUGCGCUUCCACGGCCUCGACCCCGACCCCGUCUCUUCACGUAUCCUCCUCAACUCCCUGGUCGAUGCGUCGAUGCACGAUCUUGCCGAGUCCUUCGCCCACAACCUUGCCCCCAGCCCCGUCGCUACAAGCAUAUGCAUCAAGAGCCUCUGUCGUCGCGCCCGCCUCGACGAUGCCGUUGCUCUCCUCGACACCAUGCCGUUUGCUGAUGCAUCCCGUGGCCCGGCGGCUGGCUGCAUCCUCACCGAGUUCUGCCGCCGUGGACGUUUUGCGGAGGCAAGCGAGCUCGUUAGUAAGUUUCCAUCCAGUGAUGUGUAUGGUGCGUGGAUCAAUGGACUCUUUGGUGCUGGCGAGCUUGAUGCUACGAUGAAGUUCCUCUCUGAUAAGAAGGAAAGUGAAGGCUACAUCCUUGAUGGGCGGCGGUGUGACAGCCUUAUUUAUCGCUUGCUUGUCAGGAACAGACUUGGCGAAGUGUAUGACUUGCUUGUUCAAAUGAUGGAGGAGGGCAUUGCUCCUGGCAUACGCACCAUGAAUGCUGCGCUUUGCUUCUUUUGCAAGGCUGGUCUUGUUGAAGUAGCCAUGGAUUUGUAUAGGUCGAGAGUGGAGCUCGGGAUCAACCCAAACAAAGAUGUCUACCAUAAUCUGAUCAAGGCACUGUGCCAUGGUGGGGAGACAGAGGAAGCAUGCCUGGUAUUUGAGGAAACUAUGGAAGGAGGGUACUUCCCGGGGCGUCGGACAUUUACCAUGCUUUCAAACGUGCUGUGUCAGGAGGGGAAGCUGGACAGGGUGCGGGAGCUGCUAAAUAGGGCAGUCAAGCAGGAAGCCUGGGCAGUUGACUCUGUUUUGGCCAAGUACCUCGCGGCACUAUGCAAGAGUGGGAACAUGGAGGCGGCAUGCGAACUGCCUCAUGUAGCAAGCAGCAAGAGCCAUGUGGGCUUAUAUCGCUAUGAGUCAACAUACAAGAACCUGAUUCGAGCAUUGGUAUUGACUAAGAGGGUGGACGCGCUGCCAAGGCUUAUACUGCAAAUGCAAGAAAUGGGGCACAUCCCAAGCCGGAGCCUCUAUGUGUCAGUUGUCUGUUCUUUGUGUGAAAUGAAUAGGUAUGCCGAGGUUCUUGAUCUGUUAGACAACCAGUUAAUGCGGAAUGAGAUCCAUCCCGUUGUGUGCUACAACCACUUCAUUUCUGGUGCUGGUCAUGCUAAGAGGGCAGACAUGGCCAAGGCGAUAUAUGACCGAAUGGAGGCUUCAGGGAUUGAACCAUCAAUAACAAGCAACGUGCUUCUUCUCAUUAGUUAUGUAAGGAGCAAAAAUCUCGGGGGUGCACUUAAUUUUUUUAACCUCGUUCGUCGGAAGAAAACACCUUGUGCCAGGUUAUAUAAUGUAUUUAUAUCUGGCCUAUGUGAAGUUAGGAAGCCUGAGCAGGCAAUGAUGUUCUUUAGGGAAGCAAGGGAUAAUGGUAUAAUCCCAAGCAUGUACUGCUACGAGAAUCUUCUUCUCUUGCUGUGCUCUGUUAGCGAUUAUACCAAUGCUGUAAAGGUUGUUGAUGAUUUCAGAGAAACGGGUCGCCCUGUUUCAGCUUUCUUGACUAAUGUUCUUCUGUUGCACACAUUGAUGGGCCACAAGCUUCUGCAGGCUUUUUUACGUUCAAGAGAUAAAUCAAAGCCUCUAGAACUGAAAGGUGAAGAUAUCCAAGGUCGGAAGGCAGGAAGGCUCUUGAUUGGUGAUCUAGUUGCCUCGUUUGCAAGUGGUAUCAGAAACAUGAGUGACUUAGAGCAUUUGGGAGAGGAGAUGGAAAAGUAUUUUCCUGUUGAUAUUUACACUUAUAACAUGCUGUUACGAGGGUUCUCUAUGGCAGGAAGGAUGGACUCUGCCUGUAGGUUGUAUGAAAGGAUAUGCAGGCAAGGGUAUCAACCAAAUCGAUGGACUUUUGAUACAAUUGUGCAUGGGUUCUGCAAGAAUGGUGACAUAAUUGAAGCUCAGAGGUGGAUGGAUGCAUUGUAUCGAAGUGGUUUCUAUCCCACUUGGUACACUAUGAGGGUAUACAACAAUUUGUUGUUGCGAGCACAAGACAAGAAGAUCAUUUCUUUGUAUGAGUAACGAUAUCUAUUUCAUAUUCGACUGGUGGUCUGCUCUCUGCCUUGAUCCUAUUAUGCAGCUGACACAGGUGUUUACCUGGAUAAAGUUGCUUAUUAACUUUAUCGCCAUGCACAUGGGAUCUACAAAUGGCUUCCCUGACCUUGUGCAGUGCUCCUCGCCCUCAAGAUGAGCACAUCCUCAGAUGCUUAUUGCAGGCAUUCUCUUGGAAGAUCAAAUAUACUCUUCGUAGACAUGUACUCCAAGAUUUAACACUUCUUUUUAAGGAAGCGCAUCUCAUCUAUCAUCACCUGAUGUCUGGGAUGCUUCUGGGAUAUCAGUUUACGUGUAGCAUGGAGUUCUCCUUUGACUUUGAUGUAUCUAUCAGUGGUACUCAAUUUUUGCGAAAAGGUCCUCUAAUGUAAUGGUUAAGACUUCCGAGCAGCACUUAUAGGUCUCGGGUUCGAUCCCUCUUGAGAACGAAUUUCGGGCUUAGCUAAAAAAAAUCUCCUCUAUAUGUCCCAUCCGCUCUCGGAGAUCGAUAUCAAACGCGUCACCCUCCAGCUGGGCCGUUGUAGAGUGGGCAAUUGAUCAGCCCGUUAGUGAUGGAGGGCAGAGUUUGAGGGUUUUCUCGGUCGGGAUCAUGUACUGGGAGAACGGUCUUUCCCUCCUCUGCCGAGUUUUUUUAGUUCUCAUUUUUGCUGUAGAAUUAUACAUUGUGCCUGAAGUUUCAAGGUUCCUGGCAUUCAAUAUUUUGCGAGUGUUUAUUCA